GCUCAUCAGAAUGGAUUCUAAUGACUUUGCUCCCCUUUUGGUUCUCUCUUUUACAUGCAACUCCCUUUUCUAAUACAUUCUCUCUGAAGAUUGCACCGCUGUGAUCGUUUUCCCGCGGCUUCUUCUUUCCAAAUUCUUCUCUCGCUCGUUUAGACAUUCAUUUUUAACGCAAUUGAACUUCCUAUAGGCCAGGUUUAGAGCGGCGAUCCUCUUUGCCAAGACCUGUCAUCGAAACCCGCAUACCUUUUUAGGCAAUUUUCCAAGACUCUCGGCAUCUCGACUAAACCAACCAUGGUUCGUAUCUCUUCCAAGGGCGCUGCUCUCUUGGCCACAACGGCACUCUCUGGCUUGGCCUCAGCCGUGGAAUACCUUUCUAUCAACGGCUCCAACUUUGUCAUCGAUGCCACCCAGAAGCGUUUCGAUCUCAUUGGUAUCACCUACCAGCCUGGAGGCUCAUCCGGAUUCAGUUCCAGCGCCGAUCCGCUGAGUGAUCCUGACACUUGCCUUCGAGAUGCUAUCAUCAUGCAAAAGUUGGGUGUGAACACUGUGCGUGUAUACAACUUGGACGCAGACCUCGACCACGAUCAAUGCGCUUCCAUUUUCAAUGCCGCCGGUAUUUACAUGCUAUUGGAUGUCAACACGGGACUGUAUGGUGAAUACAUAGACCGAACGGACCCAUCUAGCACCUAUACUUUGGAAUACAUGGAGCACAUCUUCAGUGUUGUCGAGGCUUUCUGGAACUACCCCAACGUGCUAGGAUUCUUCGCUGGAAAUGAGAUUAUCAACGAGGACGCUGACGAGUCGGUGCCCAUGUACAUCCGUGCCGUUGUCCGUGAUUUGAAGGAGUACAUCGCCCUGCAUGCACCCCGUGAGAUUGGUGUUGGAUACUCGGCCGCCGAUGUCGCCGACAUGCUCACUGACACCUGGGCAUACCUCGGCUGUGAGCUCGAAAACUCGACCUACUCCAAGAUGGACUUCUUCGGACUGAACGACUACGAGUGGUGUGGCGACUCCAGCUACACCGAGUCCGGCUACGACGACUUGGUUGUGGACUUCGCCGCCACUGACAUACCUGUCUUUUUCUCAGAGUACGGCUGCAACAACGUCCGUCCCCGAACCUUCACCAACGUCCCUGUUCUCUACGGCGAUGAGAUGGAGGGGCUCAGCGGUGGUCUGGUCUACGAAUACAGUGAGGAGUCUUCUGAGUAUGGUGUCGUCGCCAUCAAUAGCUCUACUGAGAUCACGCUACUGGAGGACUUCAACUAUCUGAUGGCGGAGUUCGCUAAGAUUGAUGUCUCUGCCCGGUCUGAGCUCAACUCCACCGCUGAGAGUGUUGCCGCUACCAGUUGUGCCGCCUCUCUCAUUUCCGAGUCUACUUUCCUCUCCAACUGGGAUCUGCCCGACCGUCCCAGCGGUGGUGACUCCCUGGUCACCAGCGGUCUCAGCUCCAGCGUCACCGUCUCCAUUGGGAGUUUGGUCAGUGUCACUGCUACCACUAUGCCUGCGACUGUCUACAACUACACGGGCGCCGAGGUCACUGGCCUGGCUCUCGUCUCGCUCGGCUGCGCUGAUGUCAACUACCCCGGCCUGAUUGCCACCUACACUGCCACCGAUGAGACCUGCUCGUACGCCACCUCGACCGGCGGCACCACCAACAGCUCUGGUAGCAGUGCUGCUUUCAGAACUACAGGGGACUCUGGAGUUGUUGCCAUGAUCGCCGUGGUCCUCAGCGGGAUUAUUGGCGGCGCGAUGCUGCUAUGAGCGGGGUCGACCUGUUCAUGGCCCUGCAUCGAUAUUGACGUACAUAUUGGUGUAUAUAUCCUGUGUAGAUGUUCACAUUUUUUUUAUCUUCUGAUUUCAUAGAGAGCCAGAGCUAUUUCAUGAUUAUACCACACUUUUACAUACUCCACCCAUUCAAUAAUUGUCCAGUUCGCGGGCUAUCUUCCACGUAGGUAUUCUUCUCAUCUUUUAAGGCGCCAUACCAGUCAAUAAGUGAUGUCUGUGAAAUUUGAAGUGGAUGGUUUGAUUGGAUACUAAAGGACUGAG